UAACAAUAAUAGAUAAAAAGAAAUAAAGAGAAAAUAGACGAAAAAUAAUAAUAAUAAUAAUUUUUAUCAGUAAUUUUUAAUGUGAACACUUUAGUAAACGUGUGUCUACGAAGCAUGAAUAUUUUAAAGUUUUUGAUAUUUAAUUUAUUAAUCAUUUUUCAAUGUGCUAUUGAAGCAUGUUCAAUUGAAUUAGAAAAUAACACUGAUGAAGAAAUUGUUAUCGAUGGAUUGAAAUACAAUUAUGUCAUUCGAAAAUUUAAAGUACCUAUAAAUCAUUUUAGCUUUGUAGAUGAUCGUAAAUUUGAAAUACGUUAUCUUGUUAAUAAUACAUGGCAAAAAGAAAUAAAUGCACCAAUUUUUUUUCAUCUUGGCAAUGAAGGAAAAAUUGAAAUCUUUGCAAAAAUUUCAGGAUUUUUGUGGGAUAUUGCACCAAUAUUUGGUGCCUUGAUCAUUUUUGCUGAACAUCGUUAUUAUGGAGAAUCUUUACCUUUUGGAAAUAAAACAUUUUCUAGUGUUAAAAAUCUUGAGUAUUUGAAUACACAACAAGCUCUGUUGGAUUAUGUAAAUCUCAUAGAAUUCCUUCGAACUGAUAACAAAUUGAAACAUAGUCCAGUGAUUGUUUUUGGUGGUUCUUAUGCUGGUCAAUUAGCUGCUUGGAUGCGUCUUAAAUAUCCUCAUAUAGUACAAGGAGCUAUUGCAGCAUCAGCUCCAAUUUUGCAAUUUUCUAAUAUCACAGACUGCCACUUGUUUACGCGCAUUGUAACAUCAGACUUUCGAAAUACUAAUCCUAUUUGUUCAAAAGCCAUUCGUCAAUCUUGGGAUGCCAUAACGAAUCUAACAUCUACAGCAAGUGGCAAGCGAUGGUUAUUUAUAAUGUGGAAUCUAUGUAAACCACUUAGAAGUAAAUCUGAUGUACAAAAACUCAAAGAUUGGCUAAGUAAUAUUUAUAUUACUUUAGCUAUGGCUAAUUAUCCUUAUCCAAUUGAUUUUCCUGCACCACUUCCAGCUUUUUCGAUCAAGCACUUUUGUAAACACUUUACUAAGAAUGACUUACCUCAUGAAAAACUUUUAAUGAUCUUGAAGAAAGGAAUCGACGUUUAUGCUAAUUUCACUGGUCAAAAUCCUUGCAUAGAUAUAGAAAGUGGAAUUCCUGAAUUAGGAACAAUUGGAUGGGAUUAUCAAACUUGUACUGAAUUGGUAAUGCCUAUAUGUAGUGAUGGCAUUAAUGAUAUGUUUGAACCACAAUCUUGGAAUUUAAAAGAGAUUGCUGAAUAUUGUAAAAAAAAUUAUAAAGUUGUACCUAAUGAUCAAAUUAUUUGUAAACAAUAUGGAUGUACGGAUUUUGAAACAGCAACAAAUAUAGUAUUUAGUAAUGGAUUAAUGGAUCCAUGGUCUGCUGGUGGAGUUCUAAAAGAUUUAACACGUUCAGCUAUAGCAGUGGUUAUUCCUAACGCUGCUCAUGGUCUUGACUUGAGAGGUGCUAAUUCUGCAGAUCCUCAUGGAGUUAUCAGAGCUCGUGAUAUCCAUCGAAAUUUAAUUAAAAAAUGGAUUAAUGAUUACGAUGAAUUAGUAAACCAAAAAUAUGAAUCAAAUUAAUACAUUCGUAUUAAGACAAUUGUUUAAAUGUUAGGAUAGUCUGUUGAAAAAUAUAUUAUCUACUAAAAUUUCUUGUUAAAAUAUUAUAAAGUAAGAUUAACAACAACAACAUUGUAAUUUAAGUCUACAAUACUUUGUAAUUAACAAUUUUCUUGUAAUUAAAUUUCGAAGGAAACUUACUUUGCGCUAAAAAAUGGCGGAUUGCGACAGUCGUUCACAUGAAAAGAUGACUUAAAUGCACAUGGUUUCCAAAUGUGUAACUUAAGGUUUUUGUUUAUGUUCAUGUUGUGAGGAUUUAAAAGAGUGUAUUUGAUUAAUAAAAAAAAUACUAUGCAAUUAUAAAAA